CGCGGCUUGACCCUUUCACUUCGAUUUCCGUCAUUCAUUGAUUUCAUUCCGUUCUGGACGUUUACCGUGGAAGGUUGUGGGCUAGCCAAGUUAAUCAAUUCUCCUUUCUGAAGUGCUUCUUUACUAUCAUUGCCAUUAAACUAGUGGUGAAAUCAAAAUGUCUCGCUACCGAGAAUGGGACCUUUCUUGCAAGGUUUACGUCGGCAAUCUUGGAACAAAUGCUUCUAAAUACGAAAUAGAAAAAGUAUUUUCCAAAUACGGAAACAUAAGAAAUGUGUGGGUGGCGAGAAAUCCACCAGGAUUUGCGUUUGUAGAGUUUGAAGAUCCACGUGAUGCCGAAGAUUCCGUAAGAGGAUUGGAUGGCACGCGAUGCUGUGGCACUCGCAUUCGUGUUGAAAUGUCUAAUGGCCGCACAAGAAGAGAUCGCCGAUACUCCAGGUCCAUUUUAUCAACCAACCACCAACACACCAACGACCUCACCACAUGUCUUCACCACAACUACGGCUCGUUAACCAAUCUGACAUCCGCGAACGCCGCUCGCAACAACAUCCCGCUCAACUUCUGCGAUCGGCUCUCCAAACUUCUGCGCGCAGCCGACGUCUCCAACAUCUGCGUCCCUAUAACUUACCUCCUGACAGCCAUCACCUAGUCCCCAACCGUAAUCCGAACCUGGACUUGAAUAUAAUGCAUUAUAAAGAGCCACACAAUGUAGGAUCCUACAAACAUCCUGAAUGUCAUUGCAACUCCUAAUGCUUCACCGACUGCACACACUCGUCGUCACCGUGGCACCGAGCUAGAAAUACAACCUAACGGCGAUCAACUUCCCCGUGUUACCGCAAUUUUUCUUGAAACUUCCACUUAAUGCCACCGUUCGACGGAAGAUAACAUUGAAAAUCGCCUCCGCCUCAGUAAUAUCCCUUCGGCCUCACAGCAGCCCCACAACGGUCAACCUCCGCAGGCUCACCAUGUCUCGGUACUUUUUAAAUCCUAUACUUAGAACCUUACCUUGCCUAUACUUAGAACUAGACAAAAGUCGUGUUGGCGUUUAAGGUGUAGGUAACUAGGGAUUUGUGUAAUGUAGUCUGUAAUUAAAUGGGCCCCCAAAUAUUUAAAAAUAUUGCUGAAUUAUACAUGAGUACACAGAAGAAAUAUCAAAUCAUCAAGGCGGUGAAUGACGUAAGAUUAAAUAUACAGAAGGACGAUAAAAUUGUAUAAAUUCGAGCGCUACUCUAUUAAAAUUUCCCUGAGGUGUGUAGAUGUUGCACUGUGUUUACGGUAUGAACAAGGCUGGACGUAUCAUAACAUUUUGUAUAUUGAUAGAUCCCGCAGUCGCAGCCCAAGAAGGCGUUCGUAUUCGCGAGGCAGAUCGGGAUCGCCGCGCCGCUCCCCAUCAGUUCGGCGCCGCUCACCCUCCGUACGGCGCUCACGAUCACGCGACCGUCGCAGCCGCUCUGACAGCAAGAGCAGGUAGACAUUGAAAUUACAAAGGCUUCCGAAGAAAAACUUGGACAAAUAUUCUGUAAUAUAAGUGAUGUGAUGUGAAUAGAGCGAUCGUGUGUAUGAAUCCAGUAGGCUACUACAACUAUAUUUUUAAUCCUUUAUGGUACAAGCAGCUUUUGUUUAUUGUAGUUAUAAUUCGCUGUAAGGUUGUAUAUUUUAUACUCCCGAUAGAUGGGUGUUUGGUCUUUGAAAAAUUUGGAUAAUUACGUAAGAGAAUAUUAAUCGCGCGUCAAGUGGAUGGUCAUUUUCAUUCACAUUUCAUUCGAAGUUUAUUGUAACUUGUUACCUGACACAUCAUCUGGAAAGCAACAAUCUGAGAUCUUGAGGAAGAUAUUAGAACAAAUCUAAGACUAAUUUUCAUAUUGCAAAUUAGACAGCGACAGGUCUGAUUUCAUUCAUCAAUUCUAGUUUCAAACAUCAGAAUGGUUAACUUCACAAUGGAGAUAAUGAUUGCCUUGUAUAAUGCUAAAGUUUUUCGAAGAAACGCCCUAAUGCCUUACAAAGUUGUAUAAUUUCUGUUUUGUAAGAAUCAACACAUAUACUAGAUACACAUAGAAAAAAUAUUUUAAGAUGACUAAAUAAAUGUGGAAUUAAAA